UUUAGUUACAACUCAUACAAUUUUACCGUACAUUUUAUAAAAUCUGCGGCAGGAUAACGCAUUUUUUUCGAUUUAUAUCAUAGUGAGUGACACACUGACUGAAGAGCCAAACAUGAUUAUACUUACCAAACUAUCGGUAGAUAUAAAUAGGUCUAUGUUGAAAAAAUUCUUUGAAAACGCAAUAGAGUGUGGAGGAAAAAUUGUGAAGGUGACUGUUAACAACAGAGAGCGUUCUGCCAUUGUCACAUUUGAUACGUCUGCAGCUGUAUAUGAAAUGAUUGAAAAGAGACCAUUGACAAUAUUGGGGUUUAAAAUUGAUGUUGAUGUGUACAGGAGUGACACACUGACUGAAGAUCCAAACAUGAUUAUACUUACCAAACUAUCGGUAGAUAUUAAUAGGUUUAUGUUGAAAAGAUUCUUUGAAAAUGCAAUAGAGUGUGGAGGAAAAGUUGUGAAGGUGACUGUUAACACCAGAGAGUGUUCUGCCAUUGUCACAUUUGAUACGUCUGCAGCUGUAUAUGAAAUGAUGGAAAAGAGACCAUUGACAAUAUUGGGGUUUAAAAUUAAUGUUGACGUGUACAGCAAUUGCACAGUUGCAAAAAGAAAUAAAGAUAAAAUAUUCAGGCAAGAUAAAAUAGAUGGUUUAUGGCAAUCAUUUGUGAAGAAAGUAAAAACUCCAUCGUCUCGAUCAGAACAAAACAGAAGAAAAAUGAUUGAUAUUUUCAGAACGAGCCUUCUAAAUGAAUUUAAAAGCCAUUUUGCGGUGUUAAAAGGGUACUUAGAACAGAGUCAGAACUUGACACCUUUGCCAAAUGUCACAUUUUUAAGGGGAACGUUCCAUAACACGGGAAUUAAUGAAAAGGAUAUUAAUUUUACAUGGUUUCAAACGGGGAAAAAAAUAUUAAAGGGUGCUUCAAAUGCAAUGGCGUAUAUUCAAUCUAGGGUUGACGAAGUAUUUGGAACAAUUGACGAUUUUAUACAUGGAUUGUGCCGGGUGAAUGAAGAAAUAACGGAAAUGUAUGUAGAUCUAUUAAUGCAUGAACUUGGGACUUUGUAACAU